AUGUCACUCCUCCCCUCGAUCGUCUCCCUCAACACAUUCCUAGCGACGACCUUCCUCCCUACCCUGUUCCUCCCACUCACGCCCACCCUUCAUGCUUUGCGCGUCUCGCUGGCUUAUCGUGGGCUGAGGAAGAGAGCCGCAGCUGCGUCUCCGCUCAAGGAUGAAGGGGGAUGGUUGGCAGAUUUGGUGGGCUAUCUGGUGAUGUGCUGGGGAGGUUCCUUCCUCGUGUCUUGGCUGAGCCAAACAACGCCCAUCCCUCUGCUCACUAUCUGGCCCUUCUUGACAUACACCCUCGUCCACCUCUACGUCACUCUGUUCCUACGGUACGGCCCCAACCCCAGCCCCGCAUGGCUAGAUACGGCCCUUCCGCUCAUCGAUGGAGCCACUCGCUCGGCCGCCAUUCGCGGCGGGAUCACCUUUGCUGCCACUUCGCAGUCAAAGACGUCGGGCUCGCUCCUUUGCCAUGUACUCGCAGGUACUCUAGGAGCAUGUGGGGGCGGACAGCUCGCCGGCACUCUGGGGGUGUUCAAUCCCAUCAGCUCCGGCCCAGCAGGGGGAUGGAGAUUGACUACCCCGCCUAUCCUGACGGCUAAAUCACUCGUAGAGGCAACCGACGUGCUGGCCGCUCUGGCCGGCGCAGUGACGUACUCGCUGCUCAGUGGGAGUCACACGGCGUGGCAGGAAGGAAUGGUGUUGGGAGGGGUCAAACUGGACGUGACUGGUGUGAGGGGCGGUAAGCCAUGGACAGCGGAUGAGGCCCAAGCUGCUACGACCCUUGUGGUGGGAGUCUGCUUUGCGAUGAGGGCUGUGAAGAUCCAUCACUUGGGUGGUAGGGCGACGACGGUAGUGAAGAGGGGCGGCACGGAGAAUGGUGGGCCAGCGACGCCAGGCAGGAAGAGAGGCAAGAAGGGUGGGCAAGAAAAGUAG